UUAGGAGGAAAUGUUCAAAAUUAAAAGAACCAUAUAUAAGAUGGUCUUGGUCAGGGUCAUCAGUGGUGCCAAAACAGCCGCUGAAAAACUCCCAACCGAGUCUAAAUUCGACCCACCACAAAAGUAUUGCUAACGCCAAAGAAGGGGUCACCUUUUGUUUUUUUUUUUUUUUGAUGAAUUCAGUCUUACGUUAAAUUUGUCAAAUAUAUGUCUCAACUUUCAACUUUCAACAAUUCCAACCCAAACUUGGAAAGUGAGCUAGCUGUUUAAUUGACACAACUUUGAAUAGGUAAAUGAAUUUGAAAAAUCGCCCGAGUAUUACAGUUUUUACUAUGGUUAUUUUAUAGACAGACAGAAUAUGUCAAAUAAUGAAUUAAGACUAUGUGAUUGACAAGUCAAGUUUUUUUUCUUUAAUCAUUUUACCAAUUAUGAAUUAUCAUAUCAUCAAUAAAGUCUACGUCGUACGAGUAAUGCUAUAUACUGAACAAGUAUCCACCAAAGCUGACGUGGCAUGGUUGUCCACGCUACAUUGAAAUGCGGAUAAUUGUCGGAUAUAUAUAUAUAUAUAUAGCAUUGCUCAUGCAUGACAUAACACAUGAAGAAAAAGUAUAUAUGCAUGCAUGACAUGCAUGUACAUGUUAUGCCACAGGAAGCCCUGGUAUCAAAGAGCAAUGGAGAUGGCAACUCUAUGGAGAACAAUUUCCAAGUCCACAGAAAUCCCAACGACAAAUCCAACAAAAGUAUGGAAAACAAUUUCCAGAACCCCAGAAAUCCCAAACAAUGCAAAUUCCAACAACUACAGAAACAAGCUAAGAAAAUGUACCUCUCUAAAGGUUGCCAGUACCUUCACAAGAGUCUGUCUCUGUGCUCCGAUCUCCUCCUACAAUGAAGUUUUCCGGGCGGAGGUUCCGCCGAGAAGAAGCAACAGCUACCCAAGAUCAAAGCCAUUUCCCAUCUCACAAGAGAAAACAAUUCCCACCGCAAGGCUUAGCGUGGAAAGCAGAAGAGUUUUCCGGGGAAAAUCGUUGACAGAUGAUGUUUUGAUGAGAAGAUUUGUGAUUGAAGAGGAAGCGAUGAUGCAGAUUAGAAGGAGAAAUCAGAUGGAAGUUAUAAGGAGGAGGAGUAUUAUGAGAAGGAAGAAGCUUGGGCCUAGUCGUCUUAGUAGAAUGGUUAUGGCAGGGGAAGAACUAAAUUAGUAACUACAAUUUUUUGAACUUUUAUUUUUCCCUUCAUUUUUCAGUACUUGGCUUAAUUAAUUACCUUGU